AUGUACAAAAAUGUUGGAAGCGAUCUCCAGACGCGUACCGUUGGGACCAGAGAAGACGACCUUGCGAUGAUGCGAUUUCGUGCUGCUGCCCCCGUGCUUUAUCAAACCUUUGAGAACCUACAAGCACAAAUACGAUCAGAGUCAAAUAAUAUGAAGGAUCUUUUGAAUCAAGCCAUCACCAAUUUGGCAGACAUCUCCGCUAACCGUGCACCGAUAACCAUUAAUAUUUCUGCACUAAGCUUCACAAUGAGUUCUGGAACUGAAUCUGGAGGAUCUGGAAAUAUACAGACUACACAAUUCGCCAACACGCCAUCACAGCCACAAGAACAGCAAGGUCAGUCAACAGCAUUGCCUCCUUUAAAGUACCGAAUGAAUAGAGGUGUGAAGAGUGUUCCUGAGCUUUGGAGAGAGUGGCAUUUUGGGUUGAAUGGUGGGAAGUCUGUGGUUGAGAUGGAGAGACUUCAACCGGGAUGGCACAACCAGGACAACACUUUCUUUGCCAGAAGGCGCCGCGUCGUAACUACCAUUAAGAAGUACGCAAGGGAAAAUGGAUUGUCUGAAGAAGCGGCCAUGCACUUAGCAGAGGGGAGGAGAGUCUUGGGGAGAAAGACAAUAGAUUUUCUGGGAAAAAUCAAAACAGCAUAUUUAAAAACUAAUAAAAGCGACAAUAAGUAUGUGUCUUUUGAUGAAUAUAUGUCUUUAAACUCUUCUGUCCUUGCUGCCCCAUAUUAUUUCAUUUAUACUAUUUUAUAG